AAUGACAAUUGAUCAUAUGGAACAGCUGAUCAUAAUUGAUUGCAUAUUUUUAUAACAUACAAGUUAUACGAUUAAUUAAAAUUAAAAACAACGUGGUUUAAAUGUACACAAUCGAAAUACAUUUAUGAAUAUUUUAAAAUAUAGUAAAUAAGUUAAUUUUUAGUGGAUUUGACUUAGUAGCUUGUAAAAAACUGUACAUUAUUAUCUAAAAUAUUCAUUUUCUUUGCGGUCCAAAAUGUGCGAAGUGGUCGUUUUGCAUGAUGGUUAUUCUUUUGUCAAUAAUGAUGGUGAAAUGAUAGCAAAUUGUUCAUGUACUUUAAUAAAAGGUCCUCACAAUAUAAUAAUAGACACCAUGACUCCCUGGGACUCUGAAGUAAUUUUGACUGCCCUAAAGGAACAUCAAAUAACACCUGAUGAUAUAAAUUUUGUUGUAUCAACACAUGGACACUCAGAUCAUACUGGCAAUAAUAAUCUGUUUCUUAAAGCAACUCAUAUAGUCGGUUUUAGCAUAUCAUUUAAAGAUAAAUACUAUAUUCAUCCAUUUGAAAAAGGUGAGGAAUAUGUGAUAAAUGAUUUUGUUAAAAUUAUUCCAACACCUGGUCAUACUCUAUCCGAUGUUACUGUCUUGGUCAAAUCUGAAGAAGAAAAUAUAGCAAUUGUAGGUGAUUUGUUUGAGAAGUAUGAAGAUGUUAAUAAUCAAAGCAUUUGGCAAGAAGCAGGAUCUGAGGAUCCCAUCAAACAAGUGAAGAAUAGAACAAUGAUUGCUGAUAUAGCAAAUUGGAUAAUUCCUGGACAUGGCCCAAAAUUUGAAGUCACAGAUGAAAUGAGGAUGUUGUUAAAAAAUCAAACUACUCUGGGUGCUUAAAUUAAAAUGGUACCUACUUAUAUGUCGAUAUCUUAUUUAUAAGAGAACUUAAAGUGUUGUUAAUGAAAUUAAACACAAGAUGUUUGGUUCAGUUUUAUUAAAUAUCAGAAAUGUUCUUUAUAAAUAGUGAAGAAAUCAAGUAUUGAGAUUAUAAAACACAUUUUUUAUGUUUCAUAAAAUAACGAAAGGAAAUAAAUUCGUGGUAACAAUUUAAACAUCAUAUUAUUAUUUAUUAUGAUCCAUUUACAAAUUUGCGUGAAUAGCAAAUAUGAAUAACGAACACGCAUGUGUACUUACACUUGCUAUUCGCCUUAAGAUUCGCGUAUUCGUGUAAAGGCCGGUUUUU